UGGGUAUCUGCAACGCCCCCGCGACCUUUCAGCGAGCCAUGAACAUGGCUUUUCAUAAUUUCGUGUGGAAGACUCGUUUGGCACAGAGCAUCAUCAACUACUUCGUAAUUGUGUACAUGGAUGACAUCUUGGUGUACUCAAGUUCCUACGAGGGAUACGUGCAGCACAUCGAAUGGGCACUGCACACGCUACGGGAUGCGGGUUUCAAAGUGGCGCUCGAGAAGAGUCAGUUUUUUCUGACCACCAUUUCCUUCUUGGGACAUAUGGUGAGUGAUAAGGGGCUCCAACCGGAGCCGCAGAAGGUGGCCGCUCUUAGGGAUGCGUCGGUGCCUACGACUAUCACGCAAGUUUGCGCCUUUCUGGGCCUGGCCUCGUACUACCGAAGAUUUAUCCAGGGCUUCGCGGCGAUUGCAGGACCCCUCACAAAUCUGCUACGUAAAGAUCAUUCGUUGAUCUGGACGCCGGAGUGUGAUCAAGCGUUUUCCAAGCUCAAGGCCGUUCUCAUUUCGGCUCUGGUCCUUAUAAGACCGGAUCCCGAAAAGCCUUUUGUUCUCAUCACCGACUGGCAGCCCGAGGCAAUUUCGGCGAUCCUUGCCCAGGUGGGGCCAAGUGGACUCGAGAGCGUGGUGGAGUAUGCGUCCAAAUCAGUGCCCGCCUGCAAGCGCAACUACGCCGCUCCAACAGGAGAAUGCUACGCAGUUCUCUGGGGAAUCAAUCACUUUCGCGCUUACCUGUACGGGCGAAAGUUCACUCUGGUAACUGAUCAUGAGCCCCUGCUGGCUCUGAAGAAAUCGAAGGAUUACUCUAGCAUGAUCGGGCGAUGGGCCAACAUCCCUCUUAUCAAUCCUGGACAUUGGCGGCUGUGGCGCGAAACUUUUGAGGAGCUGUCUUUCUGCUUGGCCAGAGUACAAGUGACGUGGACGCAGACCAGCGAGCAUCCUGCGUGGAUCGAAAAUCCGGAGCUGCUAAUCAUCCAAGCUUGGAGGACUAACGUGGAGGGCGAUCUUCUUGGCUUUCUCUUUGGAUCGAUACAGCCGGGGCACCGCCAGCUAAUUGCGCAGGAGCUCAUCGCACCGACCGUGCAAUUGGCGGACGAUCUCUCACCCGACAUUUAUUCCCAGAGUGACGACAGUCCUGCUCCGUACAUUUUUGAGCGAUCAUUGGAUCCGUACCUUCAGUGGACUGUGUGCUUGGAGGAACCCAGGGACGAGGAUACGCUACCAUCGCGGCAGGAGUAUCUCAAGCCGUACGAUAUCAUCCCUCACACCUUUUAUCCAAGGGCGGAGGAAGUGGUGAUCGACGACGACGAAAAAGACGAGGACGAGGAAACAUCGGAGGAGGGAAGCUAUAGCGAGUAUAGUGAGGGCGAGCCGAGUGAAGAAGAAGAAGAGGAAGGAGAAGAAGGAACCGAGUCCGAGUGGAAAGCUUUGCCGGAGGAAGCGGCGCGCACGGGAACAGAGGCGGAAGAUCCGGAGGCGGCGCGAAGGCGCGAAGAAAUUUCCACCGGAAAGCGACAACUGGAGUUCGCCAGCGGAGCCAGCCUGCGCAUCGGCAACGACCCGACCAGGGACCCGGACCCGCCAAAGCCCAAAGAUGGCGACCCUGCAGCCGCCACCUCAAGUACCGCGCGACGGAGACGGAGCCGAUCCUCCUCCUCCUCCAGCCCCACCCGUCCCCCAGUUCGCCCACGUACCGAUGCGGGCGAUAGGCCUUCGUCCUCGGACACUGUCCCGCCGACCCCUUGAUUUCCUCACCCUCGAGCAGAUCCGUACCCCCGU